AUGGCGUCUCGUGGAUAUUGUGUGCAGCCUCCUCUACUGGCAGCUGCCAAUGGUGAGAAAACGGUGGUUCUUUCCAAGUCAACGAUUGUUCUGAGGGCCAUGGAGGAGGUGACGCAAGACGGACGAAGAAUACACAUUCAAAUGGUUCCGCAGUUCGGCAUCGAAAACAUGAAACAGCUCACCACUUCUGUGGGAGUUUUUAUAUGGAUGAAAGUUCUGGCUGAUCUUUCUGACGCUUACAUCAAAGCAGCAAUAGAAAACACAGUCAAGCGUACUCAUUCCCUUGAGUCGAUUAAAACAAGGCACAGCUUCACCAAGGAUACUUCCCUGGUUAACAAAUUUGCCAAAACUCUUGCAGAGCUUUCAUUGCGUGAUGCCAGACACGUCCUUGGAAAGAUUUUUCAAUUGUUUCGCCCUGGAACGUUAGGGAAAGUGGAGCUGGUCUUUCAUGGGACUCCAUCCAGGAACAUCAAAUCUAUCAUGACUAAUGGCAUGGACCCGAGCUGUCGUAAGAGUUCUCCUCUUGGGGAUUGGUUCAGCAAAUCUCUCACCAUGCCACUGCAGAUUGCCAUCUAUGGUGAUGCAUAG